UUUUCUUGUCUUUUUGAAAAUGUCGACAGGAGGGAAGGUCUCGGCGACUUUUUUGUCGUUAUAGAACAGUGAGUAUUCUCUUGCAAAUCCGAAAUGCUUUUUAAAAUGUCAGAGCCGCAGUACACAGCGACGGAUUUUUGAAUUGGGAAACAGUGAGUGACAUCCAGACAAAAGGGAUUUGGGAGCGCUGUGUUUUAGUGAGGCUGCUCACCGAAAUGUGUAUAAUGGAUAAAUAUACUGUCAGGUCUUUCUUGAGGAGACAGCUACACUUAAGUGCCUUGCGGUGGUCUUUAUAAAUCUUGUCUUUGGCUGAUGGAGUGAACCUGAACGCUGCUGCAGACAAAACUCAACUCGACUCCAGACCACUGCCCCCUCACACCUCUAAAGCUGCACAAACCACCACCCAGACUCCACCCUGUCCGGAAUGCUGCACAGCAAGAUCAAGAUCGUUAAGUCUGUCUAGUCUGUGGGCACAUCUUAUGGUCUGAUGUACGUUUGAUAUCCUCUAUAUUUCUGGAAAUGCACCCGCGGAUACUUCACUGGCCCUCCCAUUUACGACUUUAAACUGUAGCUGUACCUGAUGAAGUUUAGGUGUCAAACCAACUUUAAAAAAUCAAACUUGACUGGUUCCCACGUUCAACAUUUGGUGUGUGCAUGCGGCAGGUACAAGAUGCGGUGGUGUCCCAGCCCUGUGCUCCACCUGCUGCGCUGUGCACGGCUACAGUUGUACACCAGGCGGGGAAGAAACAGACUGCCUCUGUGGAUUAGGGAAAAAUGGGCUUACGUGAGGCUGCUGGUGCAGUCACUUUACUUUAACUCCCUCACAGACUCAGAUGUGGUUUUUGACUCAAUCUUUGAGCCCGUUUUUUGGACUGUGGAUUAUGUCACCCGCUGGUUUGGCUUGGUGUUUGUUUUUUUGGUGGUGAUCCUGGUCAGCUCCUGUGUGGUGAUCGCCUAUGUGGUCCUGCUGCCUCUGGUCCUCAACACUUACUCCCCUGCAUGGAUUGUUUGGCAUCUUUGUUAUGGAAACUGGAUCAUCAUCAUGAUUGGUUUCCAUUACUACAAAGCUACCAAGACUUCCCCCGGGUUUCCCCCUACAGAAAAAAAUGACAGUCCAUUUGUAUCAGUCUGCAAAAAGUGCAUCAUGCCUAAACCAGCGAGAACACACCACUGUGGUAUCUGUAACAGGUGUAUUCUGAAAAUGGACCACCAUUGUCCCUGGUUGAACAACUGCGUGGGCCAUUCUAACCACCGUUACUUCUUCUCCUUCUGUCUCUUCAUGACCCUGGGCUGUGUCUACUGUAGUAUCAGUGGAAGAAACCUGUUCCUAGAUGCGUACAAUGCUCUUGAGCGCUUUAAGCAUUUGGAUAUGGAAAAGCCGGGCAUACCAGUAACGGGGAUGGGAAUUCUUAUAGGGCUUCUCCCCCCUGGCCAGACCAACUAUCAAACGUCUGCACCUGUGUACACCUUUAAGGAGAAGAUGAUUAAUAAGAGCAUCAUCUACAUGUGGGUGCUCACCAGCACGGUGGGAGUGGCCCUAGGCGCUUUAACCAUUUGGCAUGCAGUUCUCAUAUCCAGAGGGGAAACCAGCAUUGAAAGACAUAUCAACAGCAAAGAGAAAAAAAGAAUGGCCAAACGGGGAAAGGUGUACAGAAACCCUUUUAACUAUGGCAGGCUGAAUAACUGGAAAAUCUUCUUUGGUGUGGAGAAGAGAAGUCACUGGGUGACUCGUGUUCUCCUCCCUUCUGGACACGCCCCAUAUGGCGACGGUCUGACGUGGGACGUCUUCCCAGUUAAAAAGGACCUGAUACCUGUAUGACAGACUCUGCUUAGGCAUGCUGAUUGCCUAAUUUGUCAGUCUUUACUUCAUCAACCUGCUUUAUCAGGUUGGCUUAAAGAACUCUUGCUUGGUGGCUCCAUAUGACUGGACAUUUGGGGUCACGCCAACCUCCAGUACCUCAAACAUUCACUGUGGCAUCCCACAGUUGACAUUUUUCAGCAAAGAAAUGCAUCAUGAAUGGUUUGUUCUCUAAUGGGUUUACUUUUUCUUACAAGCUUUUUUUUUUUAACUUGACUCUGAGCAUUGUGCUAUCAUGGAUUUGUUAUUUUUUAUAAGCCACAUAUCAUGAACUAACUGUCUUUGUUGAUUUUUAUUCAGGAAAAAAUAACAAAAAAUAAGAAGGCACUAACUUCGGUCACACAAUUGUUCAUCUGUAUCCCAUUUGCACACUUCAGUCCAAUAUUAUCAUUUGACUUCAACAUUCAAUGGAAUUUGCAUUGCCAUGAUAAUGUUAUUUAUUUGUCUUUUGUACCUAUUAAGUUAAUAAAUCUUUAUAACUUGCUUUAUUUAA